GGUACAUUUCAUGCAACUUCGGAGCAUCGUUAACAAAGACGAAACAGCUGUUGUGUGACGUCAUCACCAAGCGACGGGAAGUGAGGCAGAAGACGUUUCUUCUUGCCGAGCAGUAGGUUUAAAGUAUGGACUUGUCAUAUGGCCCGUUGGUCUUGGGUGUAGCAGCUGGCCUUGGCUGUGGGCUCCUUCUUGGUUGGCGCCUUGGGGCCCGCUUUGGCGCAACAUCCAAAAGUCUGUUGAAAGGGAAUGGCUCUGGAGAAGCAAGCGUGAUGGGAGAAGGAGGCGAGUUCAAAAUGAUUCUGGUGGUCAGGAAUGACCUAAAGAUGGGCAAAGGGAAAGUUGCUGCCCAGUGUGCCCAUGCUGCUGUGUCGGCUUACAAGCAGGUCCAACGCAGGAACCCUGAGCUGCUCAGACAGUGGGAAUACUGUGGCCAGCCCAAAGUGGUGGUGAAGGCGCCUGACGAGGACACCCUGAUUGACCUGCUAGGCCGCGCCAAGGAAGUGGGACUUCCCGUUAGCUUGAUCCAGGAUGCAGGAAGGACACAGAUCGCACCGGGCUCACGCACCGUGCUGGGCGUCGGCCCGGGCCUGGCCGAUCUGAUCGACAGUGUCACUGGAGACUUGAAGCUCUACUAGAGAUCCAGCUUUCAGCUGAGCUACCAGGAGUUUUAUUGCAGGGCUUAGUUCAGUAAUGACACAUUUGUACUUUUACUGUGAUAGCUCAGUGACACGGAGCAGUUCACAUCAACGGGACGCUCAGAAAUAUGAUGAUUUAAUAACCUUUGUCCAAAUUAUGUACUACUAAUGAGAAGAUUGAUUUGUAGGCACUCAUACUGUGAUGUUGCACUGAAGCAGCAGAGCAGCUUAAAUGAAUGUAACAUCACAAUGGUGCUGAGACUCAAUGGCAUUUAUUUUUUCCUAUAAAAUAAUGUUUUGGGUUUGUUUUUUUUAUUUGUAACUAGAAAACUAAUUGAUGGGGUGCUGCUGAUGAAAGCCACAGUUACAAAGCAGAGGUGGAGGUUUUACAGAACAGCAGUUCAGAAAAUCACCUUAUUUUUAACAUGUUUAAAAUGAGAAAAGCUUUUGUCUACAGGUCAGUCAUCAUGAGCUGGUCAAAUCCUCUAGAAGGUAAAGAAAGAUGCGCCGACUAGAAAGGAGAUGAUGUCACGCUAUUAGUGUUCGUAACGCUGCUGUAUUAAAAUCUGCUUCGUAUGAAGCCGUUUCAGUGUGAAACACUUUAAAUGUGAGUUUAUAAAAGUGCCAAAUAAAGACAAUUGGUUGCAUUCAUGUAACUGAGUUUAAGGCUA